AUGGGUGAUGGAGUGCAUCAAUCAGAGCAUUUCGCAAAUGAGGCUACACCAGUCCCUCCUUAUGACCCCUUUGCUGCAUUCAAUGUUCCGCCGUGGCCUCCCGUGAAUACAACAGGCCAAGCGAUGCCCAUGCAACAAGCACAACCUUCAUUUCCUUUUUUCAACCCCAUGCUCGCCGAUCCAAUGUCGAUGGGACAAAUCCCAUUUUUCCCGAUGAUGGCCCCAUUCAACCCAAUGGUUCCCAUGCAGGCCCAGAGUAUGAGCACCAUGGCAGGAUCUUCGGGACAUUCCUUUGGGAAUGAAUCAUCUCGAAGAGUGCGAUCUCCAACGCCGCCUAUGAAGAAACCCACUCCGGCCAAAACAUAUAUGUUGCAGGCAUCCAAGCCACCAGAGAAGAGUCCCACGAAGCGACCUUUGCUGGUCAUCCUUGACUUGAACGGAACUUUGAUCUAUCGUAAACAUCGCAAAUUACCACCAGUCUUUGCCCGGCGCCACGGUCUGGAUGAGUUUCUGGAUAUUCUGAUCAGUCGAUACGCGGUCAUGAUCUGGACGAGUUCCAAGCCACCAACUUUACAUGCUAUUUGCGACAAGUUAUUCACGGCUGAGAAGCGCAAGAAAUUAGUGGCAUUCUGGGGCCGUGAUAAGUUUGGACUGAACCAUAACCAGUACAAUUCCAAAUUGCAGGUGUACAAGGAACUCAGAAAAGUUUGGGCCAGUCCUGAAAUUCAGGCUGCUUAUCCAGACAAUGUCAACGGUGCUGGGAAAUCAUCGAAUUCAAAUCGACCUGGUGAAAAGCUCAGCAAGAAGAAGAAGAAGACACAGCAACACGCCAGCACUUUUCUACCCGGCCAUCGGUGGGAUCAGUCGAAUACCGUUCUGAUCGAUGACAGCAAGUUGAAGGCGCUCAGUGAACCGUUCAAUAUCAUUGAAAUCCCCGAAUUUACCGACGACCCGAACGUUGACGAAACAGAUUUGUUUAAGAAGGUUCUUUCCAAGCUGGAUGCUCUAUCACAAUACGAUGAUGUGAGCAAAGUUCUUCGUCAAUGGAACGAACGGGUCGCUCGAGGCGAGGCUGCUAUCCUGGAUCUCGACAUUGAAGAUAGUAAACAGGGCCACGAUCCAGAACAAGAGAUCGACGAUGAGGAAGACGGCGGAACAAGUUUGGGACCUUUCCCAAACCCCCACCGUUCUGAUAGCAUCAACGUGACCAACAAGCAUGAUCAAAAUGAUAGUCAAGUCAGACAAAGCAAUGGUACACCUCCUGCCGGCGAACUCUCGCGUCAUGAAAAAAUGCGCUUGAGGAGAAAACGCGCAAAGGAGCGCAAGCUGGAGAGAAAGAUCGCAGCAGCCGGCGCCGACCGCACCGCCUCAGAGUCUGCAAUUCCCGCUGCCGGUGGUGCGAGUAACCUCCCCAAGGAUCAUGCUACUUCAUCGCGGGAUUUGGCCGCAUCUCGUGCAGUCAAAGGUAGCGCAAAGGCCCCUUCUGACCCGCCAGCGGCCGGUCCAAUCAAGAAGAAAAAGUUGAACAAGAAGGCAAAGGCUCGUCUAGCGCAGCAAGCUGCCGCUCAUCAGGAACUGGAAACCCAAGCUCUUGCAAAUGUUGCUGAAGGUCCUUGUGGCCAAUAUGGUGGUCUUGAUUCUACCAUUCUGCCUGCUCAACUAUUAGAGAGUUCCAAGAAUACGGGCGUCCAAUCAGCCUCCUCGGUGCCUCAUGUCAUUUCUGACAACCCAGAUCAGUUCAGCUCUCACUCGAUUUCAAAGCGUGGCCGAAGUCCCGAGAAGAUCUCCGGUUCAGAUUCUCAUAUCAAGGCUAGUGAAGAAUCAUCUACUCGGCCUAGUGUCAUCCUUGAACCCUUACGGCGUCGUUCCCUUUCACCGCUCACUGAUGAUGAUGAUAAUGCCAACGUCAAGGUCACCUCCCCUGCUGGCUCCAAUCUUUCCAGAAAUUCACUGCUGGAUAGAUUAGAAGACGGACUUGGUCUAUGGAAGAGAUGA